AUGCGCAGGAGCAGCGCUUACAUCCCAGUGUCCACUGCUGCUGCUCUGCUGGUCACUUCAUCCACGCUGUUCUUUGUCUUCACGUGUUCGUGGCUCGCGCUGAACGUGUCUCCUGUUUUCCCGCCAUACGUCGGGAUCGUCUUCCUCUUCGUUAUGGCGAACUUCAUCAUGGGGACGUUCAUGGAUGCCGGCGUGUUCCCGAGGGCUCAGUGGACGAAUGAGGACGAGGACAAGGAUGAGGACUUCUGCGCGCCGCUCUAUAAGAACAUGGAGGUGCGUGGCGUGCAGGUGCGCAUGAAGUGGUGCGCGUCGUGUCACUUCUAUCGGCCGCCGCGCUGCUCGCACUGUAGCGUCUGCGAUCACUGCGUGGAAGACUUUGACCAUCACUGUCCCUGGGUGAACAACUGCAUCGGGAGACGCAACUAUCGCUUCUUCUUCCUCUUCCUGCUGUCUCUGACUCUUCACAUGGUUUCCGUGUUUUCCAGAGGUCUGCUGUAUGUUCUGGAUCAUCUGGAGAACCUGUGGGAACCGCAUGCCGCCGUCACGCUGGCGGUCAUGAGCGUUUCGGCUCUGUUCUUCAUUCCCGUCUUGGGUCUGUCAUGUUUUCAUCUGGUGCUGGUGGCGAGAGGACGCACCACAAACGAACAGGUGACGGGGAAGUUCCAGGGAGGAGUGAAUCCGUUCUCGCGCGGCUGCUGUCAGAACGUGCAGUUUGUGCUCUUCAGUCCCAUCACGCCGAGGUACACUGGGAAACUCAGUGACAGAUUGCCGCUUCGCAUUCAGCCUCCUUUCCAUCACCCAGAGUCCCACAAACUGAGCCUUCAAAUACUCCCUGACAAGAUGGGGUCAAGGAUUUCCCCGCAGGUUCCCCAGGAACACGCGUCUGAACCCAUCCUGCUGCCGUCCGAGAAUCACGCAAAUGCUCUGGCUCUGAACUCACGCUCGCUGAGUCUCAAACACUCCAGCCUCCGUGGAUCACAGUGUGCAGAAAUUCCCCAGGGUGUCCUCAGCGGCCGGAUGGGAAGCCUGUCCUACGAUAGCCUGCUGCGUCCGGUGGGCGUCCAGAUGGCAUUUUUACCCAUGGAUCGUGGCUCCGAUGAUGUGCAAUGGCUUCCGGCGUGCAACUGUAGCCCGGUGUUUAUGCAUAUCAACCACGAGCCGUCGCCUGUUCGCUAUGACAGCCUCCCCAAACCGCUCAUGAGCUCCAUCCAGGAGCGCCACGAGCCAGAUGACAGAGACGAAUCCUCUGCUCCGGUGUCUCUCGGAUCAGACGCCAGCAUCUAUGAAACUCCCAGCAGACGCAGCCUGGCGAAGGAUUUCCGCGGUCCGAGUCCUCCGGCGUACGGCUCGAGGGAGUUCCUCCUGAGCAGCGCGGUGUAUGGAUACGGGAGCCGCUCGCAUCUGUCCUCCUCCUCGUCUUCCUCGCUCACCCGCACACCUCGGACCGCCAGCUCGCCGCUGCACUUUAACCGCUCUCUAUCGCCCUCUAUCUAUCAGUCUCUGGAUCGACAGUCACAGCUCCCUUCAUCCACAUUCCCUGCUCCGCUUCCCACCUCCUCCUACGGGCCGCAGAAAGCACUGGGUUACAUCAGAGGAGGAGAAAAACCCGAACCCGAACUAUGAGUCUGUUUAGAGAUGUCACGGAAAACCUGAAAAUAUCAGGGGAUUUUAAAGGGAUGGUUCACCUAAAAAUUA